CACGGCCAUACCAAUGUUGUCAAGCUUCUUCUUGAAAAAGGGGCUGAUAUGGCUAUAGGAAAUAAGGAUGGAUGGACACCAUUAAAUUCGGCUGUAGCCUGUGGCCAUAUCGAGGUCAUUGAGCUUCUUCUUAAUAAGGGAGCCAAUUUAACAGUAGUAAAUAAUGCCGGCUUGACGCCAUUAAACUUAGCAUCAAACAAUGGCCACAUUGAUGUCCUGAACCUUCUUGAGAAGGGGGCCGACGUUCUUGCUCUCCCUUCUCAAGGAUUUCCUUCCCAUAACAUCAUCGACAACAUGUCGUCUUGGGACCGCUCCACCAGCUCCGGCUCCGGCUCCGGCUCUUAUCUCUCAUCCGGUUACUCAACGGUUGUCCGCCAGGAUAUAAUCCGGACAUAUAAGUCAAGGAACCGUCAAAGCGAACGGAUCGAGCGAACAACUUCAAAUGGCCGUUUGAUCACUUACAACCACCAUGCUAGGGGUUAUGAGAAGGAUGCCCCAUGCCCCAGCUAGUAAGUAGCCUAUGAGAGAAUAACAUUUGUUAACUAUCCUUGCACCCCAGGCCAUGCUGAUCUCGAACUUAGUCGUUCUUCAUCAUCGUACAAGAAGACUCAGUAGAAGUCGGAUGGAUCUUGGGGGAGCUAUAGAGCCUGCCUCCUUUUCUUCCCGUGCGAUCGUUUUAACUUGACGGUGGCUAGUUUUCUCUGGGAAACGAAUUUAAUCGAGAAGGGGGCCGAUGUUAUAACAAGGGCAGGAUUACUGGGCUUGGAAUCUAGGCAAUUCAGAUUACAAUGAUCAACUAGGGCUGCAUAAGUCCUUGACCAACGAACUCCU